CCCCAGCAUAGUUUCCAAGAUGGCGACAUGAGAAGUUAAAAAAUCGAAAUUUUGCCGUCUUUUCCUCGUUUUCUCCGUUUUUAAACGAGAUCUACGCCUGGCAAAGGUGCCAUACGAUAGACAAGACGUUGAAGACCAUUUAAUAGGAUGGAUAAACUGACCCUCAUAUCGGGUUUUCUGUUUUUCGCCGCCGAUGUUUUCGCCAUCGCAAGUCUGGCAAAUCCCGAGUGGAUUGUCACUGACGAAGACGCAGGCUCUGUGAACCUCGGUCUCAUCAGCCAAUGCCAGACCAUCUACAAGCGUGAGAGAAUAUGCAUGGCGCCGACCCUGCCUGCGGAGUGGCUCACGUCGCUCCUGUUCAUCGUGGUCGGCAUCAUCUGUCUCACCGUCACCUGCAUUCUGCUGUUCGCCUCACACUGGCACCGCAGCGUGCUGAAAUACGCCAGAUGGAUCGCCUUCCUCGGAAUGGUCCUGUUCUGCCUAGCAGCCCUGAUCUUUCCCAUCGGCUUCUACGUUGAUGAGAUAGGAGGACAGCCCUACAAGCUGCCCAACAACACACAAGUGGGGUCGUCCUACGUGCUGUUCGUGCUGUCUAUCUUCUUCACCGUCAUCUCAGAGCUUUUCGCGGGGAAGGUUUGCCUCCCUGUGUUUUAACUGUUGGAUGGAACAACCCAAUGGAAAACUUUUGAAGAAUACCGUAAUUCCUCAUUUGUAACUUUUGUGUUUGCAGUUUUUGCGGUCACUUCUGUACCACAAAUUUUUCUUUACCGUUAACAAAUGCUGAUAUAGUUAACCGACUUUCCUUUUUCUGCGCCUGCCAGCAUUGUCAACAUACUAGUAUACUGGUAGUUCUGUAAACACCUCCAUUUUCUCAGACCACAUACAUAAGUAAAGUCAAUUACAUGUACAGUAAGUGCUUUGGCAGUUGUGUAUAGUAGAAAACAGUAUUUUGAGUCCAUAUGUACCAGCAGUCAGUGACAUACUAGUAUAGCAAAGCAAAAUAUUGGUUGGAAACCACUUACUGUACAACCAUAAUCAUAUGCCAGUUGAAAGUAGCGAACAAAAACCUUGGUUUGAGAGUGAAUGCCAAUUUGAUUUGAACACCACAAAUGAUAGUAUGCUAUCAUAACAAAAGAUCUCAAAUGAAAGCCAAUUGUUUGACACUGUGACAGUUUGGUUCAUGUCAGAAUAUUGUGAGGAAAUGGUUUUAAGGAAAAAUGGUGAUGGUAAGUGUUGAUGCAAGAAUGAUUAAAAAAACAUUGCAAUGUAUGUACAUAAACAUGAUACAUCCAAUGACAUGUGUUGCUUCUCUUUUGAUGUUGUCACAGGUUGAAGUUCUCAAGGUAUAUGUAGUAGAUGACAUGUGCAUUCAUAGUAGGUACAAAACAGCAGGUUUAUGUGUAUAGAAAUAUUGACCACUCUAGUAAGAUGAAACUAGUCCCUAUUGUAUAAUUUAUCUCUACAUGUUUCCUAUUAGAAAUGACUGUACUUCAUCUACAUGUGUUUUUGUUGUUUCAUGUAAAGGAAAGAAGUAUACA